AAACUCGAUCUUAAAAGGUCUACGGACUCUCUUGGGCCUUAUUUUAGCGAAGUAUCUACCUCGGAGGUGCUGAUCUUUAGAGCUGAGUGUGCGUAUAUGCUAAAAUGAGGACUCUUUUAGUGGUUGGGAUCGUCAUCGUGUUGAUAUGUAUGUUUGUCGAUGGCUUUGAGAAUGAAUUAGCAGAGAAAACGAACAAUGUUGCUGCUGACUUGAAGGAAGAAGAAAAAGACUUGGAGAAGACUGGAAAAACGACGCAGCUAAGUGACGACGAUGUUGCCGAGAUCGAAGGAAUGAAUGAGCAAGAUCCARAAAACAACAACAAUAACAWCAACAUUAAUUUUCGUCGAGAAAUAGAAAAUGAUCCCGCAAACAUUAACAACAACAACGACAAAAACAACUUUGCUAGUAAUUUAUUUGAUAGUGCUCGCACUCGCACUCGCACUCGCCGUCGCCGUCGCCGUCGACGUCGCCGUCGACGUCGGCGCAGUAGUUAAGUUAUUGCAUUAGUCAUGCAUUAGAUAUUUUCUGCAUAUGUAUUUUAUUGAAAAAUACACUACUCGCGACUCAGGAGCCUGUCAACUGUAAUAGCUAUUCCCUUAGCAUGGAUUAAAGAUUCUCUUUUUGGCA